GCCGCGCAAGCGUAGCGCCGGAAGCACCCAGCCCCGCCCCAGCCGGAAGUGGGCUAUGGUGCCUCAUCAGGGUCAAAAGCAGCCGUCGUUUUCUCCUCCUCCUCCUCCUCCUCCUUCUUCCCCGCCUCCCUCCGCGGGAGCCCAGCGCCAAACUCAAACAGUGCGCAGAGAGCUUGCGGCUCCGGCGGCGCGGCGACGCGGGCUGGGCCAGGCCGGGCCGGACUGUCCUGCGGCCUUGCUGCGGGCCACCAUGAGUCAGGUUCUGUUCGGGCAGCUGGUCCCGCUGCUGGUGAAGUGCAAGGACUGCGAGGAGAGGAGAGUAAAUGUUAGAGUGAGCAUUGAACUCCAAGCAGUUUCUAAUCCAGUUCAUCGAAAGGAUUUAGUAAUUCAGUUGACUGAUGAUGCUGAUCCAUUUUUUCUAUAUAACCUUGUUAUAUCUGAGGAAGAUUUUCAGAGUUUAAAACUGCAGCAAGGUCUUCUGGUAGAUUUUUCAGCUUUUCCACAAAAGUUUAUAGAUCUGCUACAACAGUGUACACAGGAACAAGGCAAAGAAAUUCCAAGGUUUUUACUACAAUUAGUUUCUACAGCAGCCAUAUUGGAUCACUCACCUGUAUUUUUAAAUGUGGUAGAGACAAAUCCCUUUAAGCAUCUUACACAUCUUUCUCUAAAACUUCUACCUGGAAAUGAUAUGGAAAUAAAGAAAUUUUUAGCAGGCUGUUUGAAAUGUAGCAAGGAAGAAAAAUUAUCAUUGGAGCAAACACUAGAGGAUGUUACAAGACAGUUACACUUUACACAACAGACAUUGUCAGAAAAGAUCCAGGAAUUAGAUAAGUUACGAAAUGAAUGGACAUCACACACAGCAUCACUGACAAAUAAGCAUUCUCAGGAACUGACAAAUGAAAAGGAAAAAGCCCUCCAGGCACAGGUUCAAUUUCAACAACAGCAUGAACAACAGAAAAAAGAUCUAGAAAGUAUACAUCAAAGAAAUGUCGUCCAGCUUCAGAACAGAUUGUCAGAAUUGGAAGCGGCCAAUAAAGAUCUAACGGAAAGGAAAUACAAAGGAGACUCCACCAUUAGAGAACUUAAAGCAAAACUCUCUGGUGUAGAAGAUGAAUGCCAGAGGGCUAAACAAGAAGUACUUUCUUUAAGAAGAGAGAAUUCUACUCUUGAUGCUGAAUGUCAUGAAAAAGAGAAGCACAUUAAUCAACUUCAAACUAAAGUAGCUGUUUUAGAACAGGAAAUCAAGGAUAAAGAUCAGAUUGUUAUAAGAACAAAAGAAGCAUUUGACACAAUUCAGGAACAAAAGGUGGCCCUAGAAGAAAAUGGAGAGAAGAAUCGGGUACAGCUAGGAAAACUUGAAACCACAAUAAAAUCAUUAUCAGCUGAACUUCUUAAGGCAAAUGAAAUUAUCAAGAAAUUACAAGGUGAUGUGAAAACUCUAAUGAGCAAAUUGAAAUUGAAAAAUACAGUCACAAUUCAGCAAGAAAAACUACUGGCUGAAAAGGAAGAAAAAUUGAAAAAAGAACAAAAGGAAGUACAAGAUAUUGGACAAGCUCUCCAGAAUAAAGAGCAAGAGGUAAGCAAAUUGCAAGAACAGUUAGAAGUUACAGUACAAAAACUUGAAGAGAGCAAACAACUUCUGAAGAAUAAUGAAAAAUUAAUCACCUGGCUAAAUAAAGAACUAAAUGAAAAUCAGCUAAUAAGAAAGCAAGAACUAUUGGGACCCUCCACAACUUCACCUCCUCAGCCUAACAACACUACCAUCAGAAGUGGAAUUUCUCCUAAUCAGAAUAUGCUUGAUAACAGAUUACCUCUUCCAAACUGUGGAAUUGGCUAUCCUGUUUCUUCCACAUUUACUUACCACAGUACCUUCCCUCAUUCUUUAACUUCAAAAAGCACUGUUCAUCCGGCUUCUGGACCAAAGGUCCAGUUUAACUUGCAGUUUGCAAAAACAAACACUUCAGGAAAUGUUACUUCAGGAGGACCUCGAUCAACUGAUAAAGAAAAUGGUGAAAAUUUCGGCCUGGAAUCCAAAUAUCUGAAGAAAAGGGAAGAUAGCAUUCCUUUACGAGGGCUUAGUCAAAACCUGUUUAGUAAUGCAGAACAUCAGAAGGAUAGCUCUCUAACAAUCCUGCAAGCUUCAUCAAAACCUGGAGUAUUCCCUCCUUCUGUAGCUUCAGCAUAUUUUCCUGGACAGUGAUCAAACCUUCAGUUUUGCUUUGUGAAGUAUGAGAACACCAGUGGUUCUGGUUGAAGAUCCAUUCUUAACAUAGACUGGUGAAAACAGUCACCAUGAAUGAGAUAACUUUGCUUUGAUUUAAAUGACUACUGAUGAUUUAGUGUUUUAAUCCCACCAAAAGAUAUUACCUUGGCUAUGUGUGGAAAAUAUGGAUGCAAGAACUAUAUUUGGAUUUUAAUCUUGGUUUAGAUUUCCCAGGUAAUGGAAUAUUUAGUGCCUUUUCUUUUUAAGGAGCCUUGGUGCCAUUUUUGAAGAUGCAGCUGUAUUUUAUUGAAAUAAAUAUGGAAGGUCAAAACCUUUUGAAAUGAAAGCAGUUUUAAUACAAAACCAAAGAAUGCUGACAAUGUUUCCUCCUGGGGAAGUGUGGGGGUAACCUUAUCUGAAAAUUGAAAAGGAAAAAUUCUUAAAGAAAUAUUGAUAGCGUCCUGAUUUUAGAAAAUUUAUUAGGAAAUCAGUAUGCUAUCAAUAUUCUUUAAGAAUUUUUCAAUAGAAAAUUUAAACAGCUCUGUAUAUGAUUUCAUAAAGAUCAUUAUUUCUAAGAUUUGAUAGAAUUAACUUCAUUAUUAAGAAAUCAGUGCAAUUCUUAUGAAUUUAGCCAGCUGUGCAAAAUAGUUCUUGUAGUUGAUUCAUUAACAUGGGACUCCCUUGAAACCUAGUUAGUAAUGUUAAAGAUUUAGACUUUUGGCAUCAAUUUUUUCUCUAAUUGGAAAUUUUUGCAGAUAAAAUUUUACUAAUUUUACUGAGUGCCCCCUUGUCUAAAAAUUUAAUAGUUAUACAAAAAUUUAGAAGUCUUAAUUAGAAACUGAGUUUUUCCAACUCCAUUGUCAACUCUUCACUUUUAUGAAACAUACUAGUACAAAUUUACAUAAAGUACUACAGAUUAUGAGCACAAUUAAUUGCCAUAAAAUAGUUAUGUAUAUUUUCACUGGUAAAUAUUUUUAUUUAUGUUUUUUAAAAAAAGUCUUGAACUGUAAUUUUUACUAUUUUCUUCCCUUUCCUUUUUCAACUUCAUUUUCACCAAGUUCUUCCCUUUGCAGUUAAUUCCUCGGAUAAAUUUUAAUUCUUAAAAUUUAAAAUGCUCAAAAUUAGCAUGUUUGCCUAUUUUUUUUAAGGGCCACCAUCAGUAAGAUAAGGAUUAAUUUAGACUCUUAGAUAAUUUUGCUAUGAAGCACUAUCCCAAGAUUUUGAGUCUUAAUAUAUGUGAUCUAGGGGAGAAUUAGCUUACCAUGUAGACAAGUCAUCAUUUUUAAUAAAAAUUGUAGCUUAUUAAUUAUGCUUAAAAAAAAACUUUAGUAGGUAAAGAUUUCUACUUAAGUUUUAUACUUUAAAUUUGAUCUUUACCUAUUAGUCUCCUAUUUUGUGGAGUUUGUUAGGCUUCAGUUAAAAUCCUGUAAACUUCAAAAUAACGUAAUAGUAACCUAACUUUAUGUAACAUUAUGACAAUGACUUGAAUGAGUAAGAGCAGCUUUUUGAAAGUAGGCUGAGAAGUUUUUGUUGUAAAUAUUGUAUAAUACAUAUUUAUAAAGUGACUGGGCAUUGUAUAUAUAGUAAACUCAGUAAUUGGGGAUACAUGUCUAGGCAACCUUUUUAUUAUGAAGGAAUUCAGCCCUUUCCUAACCCCAUAACCCUUAAAUAUGAAUGCAGCCUAAUAAAAAAGGAUUUUUUUUUUUAAAGCA